ACUCCUUUGACUCGCGCUAUGGCUCCACGCUUCUCCUCACCUUCGUCUCCCACCUCGCCACGGGUCCCGCCCGCUACGACUUCACUACGUCUCCCGAGUCCUUCUCUUCGACAUCAAUAAAACCCGAAUCCUCCCCCAAAUUCCAUAUCGAAGACUUCUCCUUCUCCCUAGUCUUCUCCUCGAUGGAGAUCAGCGAAUCGUCCGGAAAGCGAUCGUCGUCGACGGACUCCCUGGCUUCUUUCGGCGACGUUGCCAAUCCUGAUUUCUCCUCUGAUGACGUCGAACUUUUCCCCGCUGCAGCGGUGCAGCGCGCGGCGGUGGAUUUCUUCGCCAGAGAGGAAAAGAGUAGUCACCCAUCCAGAUCGGUCAUGACAGAUCAGGAUAUGCCCGAUCUAAAUCUGAAGAAAGAAGAUCUCGCCAUCAAUAUUGGUUUCCGAGAAUUAUUUGCUCCGAAUCAUCUGGUACUGGGUCGAGCGGCCGCGCACAUUGAGAACGAGAAUGUUAAGAACGAGUUGGAAUUGGUUCGAGCAAAGCUUGCGCGUUCGAUAGAGGAGAACCAGCGGCUGAGGGACUUGCUCACCGACAAAACCCACAAGUACGAAUCCAUGCACGAUUACUUCGUCAAGCUGUUGCAGGAUCGCGACGCGAAAUCUCAUCAGGUCGACAAUGAAAUAGUAGACGUGCGAAGAGAGGAGGAGCAAGAGCGAGCCGGCGGUGCCACCGCUGUGCCGCAGCAGUUCAUCGAGCUCCGAUCGACUUCUCGGACGCUGCCUAAGGAAGAGUCACACGACGCUAAUCUCGGUAAUCUCGACGCCGAGGAGGUGCCGAGUGCCAAAGAAAUGGUGAAGCAACAACAACCGGACCACGAAGCAAUCAUCAAGAAGGCUCGGGUCUCUGUUCGAGCUCGAUCCGAAGCAACCAUGAUAAACGACGGCUGCCACUGGAGAAAGUACGGCCAAAAGAUAGCAAAAGGAAAUCCCUGUCCUCGUGCUUAUUAUCGCUGCACCAUGGCGAGCGCAUGCCCAUGCCCUGUUCGAAAACAGGUUCAACGGUGCGCGGAGGACAGGACGGUGUUGAUAACGACCUACGAGGGAGCUCACAACCACCCGCUCCCUCCGGCCGCCACCGCCAUGGCGAGGACCACCUCGGCAGCCGUUUCCAUGUUGUUGUCCGGCUCCACGUCAUCUGCUGCCGAACAAGCAUUGAUCAAGUCUGGAAACGGCAGUCUGCUCGCUCAAGCAAUCCUGCCUAACUCCUCGUCAUCGACUUCGAGCGUCGCGAUGAUUUCUGCCUCCUCCCCUUUCCCGACCCUCACGCUCGACCUCACCGGCACUCCCUGCUCGCUUCGCCAGCAGAAGCCGCUGGCGAUGCCCCCGUUUCAACUUCAGUUUCCCAACUGCGGCAGCGCCACCGCCUCUGUUUCCUCGCCGCAGGUUAUCGGCGGCCACCACUACUCGUCCCAUUUUGCCGGGUCGCAGAUGUCAACAGGCGGCAGUGCCGGCGCGGAGAGUCUGAAGCCGAGGUCUCUAGCUGAGACAGUAAGCACCGCGACCGCUGCGGCGAUCACCAACGAUCCCAACUUCGCCGCCGCGAUCGCCGCCGCCAUCUCCUCCUACAUGCACCGUAAAGGCGAUCACGUCGGCGACGGUCAACAACAGGCGACAGGGAGUGAAUCAAAUAACAACUAUCAGCCCAUGGCGGGUCUGCUGCUUCCCCCUUCCAUUGUCGCCGUCGCUUCACCGGAAGGCCUCAAGCCAAUACGAGCCGACACGAUCAAGAUCGGCCUUGUCCACGACGCCGCCUCCACCGCCCGCCCGCUCGACGGCCUCGGCCUUACCUCAAACGCCGGCAGCCUCGCCCACUCGCCUCUCGUCUUCGAACGCAUUCCCCACCGCGACGCAUUCGCCUGGAAUGCCAUGAUCCGAGCUCUCUCUCACAGCCGCAACCCCGAAAAAGCCCUCCUUUUGUACUGCCAAAUGCCGUUCGAACCGCGGAUGAUCAAUUCAUACACCUUCCCGUUCUUGCUCAAGGCCUGCGUGGCUUCGCCGUCUGCGGACACCCGGCAAGUCCAUUGCCAUGUCGUCAAGCACGGAUUCGCCGCGGAGGUGCACACGGAGAAUGCGCUCCUCCACGCCUAUGCGAGGUCGGGGCGCGUCGACUUCGCUCGCAGGGUUUUCGAUAGAGCCGUGUUCCGAGACGCCGUCACCUGGAACUCCAUGAUCGAUGGAUACGCGAGGAGUGGCAGGCUGAACAGUGCUCGGCAACUGUUCGACUUAAUGCCGAACAGGAAUGUCGUAUCCUGGACGACGAUGAUCGCCACGUACGUCGAGAGAUGCCUCUAUAAGGAAGCCUUGGAGCUCUUCCGGGCAAUGCAACUGUCGGAAAUCAAACCGGACGUCAAGGUGCUCACUUGCGUGCUUACUGCGUCUGCCCACCUUGGUGCGUUGGAUCAAGGGAGAUGGAUUCACAAUUACGUGAGAACAAAGCGCUUGCGAUUGGAUGCUGCUCUGGGAUGUGUUCUGGUGCACAUGUAUGCAAAAUGUGGCGAACUCGAAGAAGCAAUUAGUGUGUUUACCAAAAUUACUGAGAGAAAUGUUGCUGUGUGGACUGCAAUGAUCGCAGGGUUUGCUGUUCAUGGAUUUGGAAGGAAGGCUCUUGAUCUCUUUGUUGAAAUGGAAGCUGCCGGAGUUAAACCGAAUCACAUUACCUUCACCAGUGUGUUGACAGCAUGCAGUCACGAAGGAUUGGUGGAGGAGGGAAUAGCCAUCUUCACAAAGAUCACAAGAGGUUACAAUAUGAGCCCAUCGAUGGAGCACUACGGAUGUAUGGUUGAUCUCCUCAGCAGAGCAGGAAUGUUCAAGGAAGCAGAGGACUUGAUCUAUAAAAUGCCUUUCAGACCAAAUGUUGUGGUCUGGGGAGCACUGGCCAAUGGCUGUCGGAUUUACAAAAACGUUGAACUCGGGAAGCGUGUGGGGAAGAUAUUAAUUGAACUGGAACCUGAACAGAGUGGUCGAUAUAUGCAGUUGGCUGGCAUUUUUGCAGCGGAAGGUAGGUGGAAUGAAUCCAUGGCAAUGAGGAAGCUGAUGAAAGAAAAGGGAGUUCCCAAGCUUCCCGGGCGCAGUUCAAUCAGCGUGAAGGGAAGCAUUCAUGAGUUCAUUGUUGGAGACCGAUCACAUCCUCAGACAAAAAGAGAUUUAUGCGGAGUUGGAGAGAAUUUUGACAAGGUUGAAGGAGGAAGGAUAUGUUCCAUGUAUAGAUAAUUUGUUGCUGGAUUUGGAGGGGAAAGAGAAUGAGACUGCAACUGGAUGGCACAGUGAGACAUUGCCACUGCAUUUGGAUUCAUUAGCACUGAACCAGGAACAUCAAUUCGGAUAGUGAAAAAUCUAAGAGUGUGUUCCAAUUGUCAUACUGUGAGCAAGGUCAUUAGCAAGGUUAAUGCAAGAGAGGGUGAGGUUCCAUGUAUUUGUAAAUGGCACUUGUUAAUGUAAAGAUUAUUGGUGAGUUUUGC